UUUAAUGCAUGAUCAAUGAUAAGCACUGCAUCAGACUCUGAAAUAGUUUUGGGAUCUAAUCUAAUUCUACCAUACUUCAAUUUCCCCCCUCUCUUCCCAACGGCUAAUAAAACACCUCUUGAUUCGUAUGGUACCUUUUCAAAUACCCCUUCUAAAAUUAAUACCUGAUGUUAUUGCUUUGGAAAGCUUCCGUUAGCGUACAGUCUUUUGCCGUUCCGGGCCUUUAAUGCCAUUAAAACUCGCUCCCAGCCGUCCUCCCACAAUCGCCCAUUUGGUUCCCACCGGCUGGGUCUCCUCCUUCCCCCCUCCCCCUCUGCUGUUUCCCUUCCCUGAAUCCCUCCCUCCCUCCCUCCCCUUCGGUUUCCAAAGUACAUUUUCGAACAGAACAUCUGAUAAAAGAGGGAGUAAAAUCUGUCUCCCUCUCUCUCUCUCUCCCUCCCUCUGUCUCCUGGUUAUCUUCUUGCAGAGCAUUUGGCUGCUCCUAGAAUGCGGCACUUGCGUCUUGGCAGCAGAAGUUUCAAGCGCCUUCUCUCUGUCUCCAUGGGAAAAAGGAGAAGCGUAGAAGGAAGUCCGGAGGAGCGUGGCUCGCCUGGGCAGGAUGAAGGCAAAUCCAUGGAGCCAUCGCAGGACGAGAAGCCGCCUCAGAAGCCGAGUUGGAGAUGCUUCUCAUACGAAGAAAUCCACAAAGCAACAGAUGGUUUCCAUCAAGAUAAUCUGGUCGGCAGAGGGGGUUACGCCGAGGUGUACCGGGGACUGCUUGAGGACGGGCAGGUGAUCGCGGUGAAGAGGCUGACGAGAGCUUCGACCGAUGAGCAGAAGGAGAAGGACUUCUUGCAGGAGCUUGGGACGAUCGGCCAUGUCCGGCAUCCCAAUGUCUCGUCCCUCCUGGGCUGCUGCAUCGACCGUGAUCUUCAUCUUAUCUUCGAGUUCUCUUCGCAUGGUUCCGUCUCCUCCAAUCUGCAUGAUGAGAAUUCGCCACCAAUGGCCUGGAAGCUCAGGUACAACAUUGCUGUGGGUACUGCUCGUGGGCUUCAUUAUUUGCACAAGGGAUGCCAAAGAAGGAUUAUUCACAGAGAUAUCAAGGCCUCCAAUAUACUUCUGACGGCGAAUUUCGAACCUCAGAUUUCAGAUUUUGGGCUCGCGAAGUGGCUUCCAUCGGAGUGGACUCACCGCGCCGUGGCGCCAAUUGAAGGGACAUUCGGGUGUCUGGCACCAGAGUACUUCAUGCAUGGGGUCGUUGAUGAGAAGACUGAUGUCUUUGCUUUUGGAGUCUUCCUCUUGGAGAUCAUAUCAGGGAGGAAACCAGUGGACGGGUCUCACAGGAGCUUGCUUAGCUGGGCAAAACCUUAUUUAAGUGAUGGCACGACACAAAAGCUGGUGGAUCCGCGACUAGAAGAGGACUACGACAUGGGACAGUUGAAGAGGCUUACCUUCAUAGCCUCUCUCUGCAUCAGGGCGACUGCGACAUGGCGUCCAUCGAUGACCGAGGUAUUGGAACUAUUGGAGGAUGGCGAGAUGCUGCAACAAGAUCGAUGGAAGAUGCCUGAAGAGGAAGAGGAGGAAGAUGAGUUCUUGGGCUUCGAUGAUCUCGACGAUGAAUGGGAUGAAUGUGAUACCCCAUCAUCCUCUUCAUCAACGAGAAGCUCCCAACCGUAACUAGUAUUAGAUAAUCUCUCUUAAUAUCCUAACCCCAUUUGAGUGGGGGGGAGGGAGAGAAUGUACAUAACUACUCAGUUGUAGCAAAAUGGGAUUAUAUUGCCCAUUUGUAUAUGGACGUGAUUUAAUAGGUCGAGGCCCUUCUCUC